AUGCCAUCCGCUUGCUGCUGGAGUACACGGAGACCCCCUACCAGGAGAGGCAGUACCGCCCCGGCCCAGCUACCCUAUCUCAUCGAUGGUCCCAUCAAGCUGACGCAGAGCAAUGCCAUCCUGCGCUACAUCGCCCGCAAGCACAACAUGGGAGGUGAGACGGAGGAGGAGAUGCUGCGUGUGGACAUGCUGGAGAACGAGCUCAUGGAUUUGCGUAUGAGAUUUGUCCAGCUGUGCUACAACCCCGACUUUGAGAAGCUGAAGCCGGCGUACCUGGAGCAGCUGCCGGGGAAGCUGCGGGAUCUGUCACGGUUCCUGGGCUCCCGGCCGUGGUUUGCAGGGGAGAAGGCGCUGGAGAAGAUCUCCGCCUACAUGCGGUCGGGGCGCUUCAUGAGGACCCCCAUUUUCUGGCGCACGGCUCAAUGGUCCAACACCAAGGACUGA